AUGAGGGGAAUUUACCAGUUGGGCGUAUCAGGAAGAAACUCUAAUGGGAGGGCCCAGGAGGUGCAAGUGUCCAUGAAGUUUAACGGCCAGUCUUCAGUGGAGGUCCAUCCUCACAGCAACCUGGAAGACCUGAAGACAGUGACGUCCAUCAGUUUGUUCAUGAGAGUGGACCCUGACAAGGAUCCCAUUGAGGACCGCUUCAUCUUAUACCUGGGAGACAGAAAUGGUAAGAAAGACUACAUGGGACUGGCUAUCAAGAAUGACAACCUGGUGUACGUGUACAACCUGGGGGGAGAAGAUGUUGAGAUUCCACUGAGUUCAAAGCCUGUGAGCCAGUGGCCCGCAGUCUUCAACUACAUCAAAGUAGAGAGGCUGGGCAGACAUGGAAAAGUCUUUCUGACCAUCCCCAGCCAGAGCUCCACAGAUGAGCAAAAGUUCAUCCAGAAAGGAGAAGCUCCGGGCGCUGACUCACUGUUCGACAUCGACCCCAAGGAUAUUGUGUUCUUUGUAGGUGGCGUCCCAUCGGAUAUCAGGCUCCCACCUCUUCUGAGUCUUGCUCCUUUUGUGGGCUGCAUCGAGUUGGGUUCGCUGAACAAUGACGUGAUCAGUCUUUACAAUUUCAAAGACACUCACAAAAUGGAAUUGAUUACAUCAACACCGUGCCCCAGGUACAAGUUGGCAUUUUCCCAGAGUCGCAUUGCCAGCUACCUGUUUGAUGGAACGGGCUACGCACUCAUCAAUAAUAUUGAGAGGAGGGGCCGGUUUGGUGUGGUCACCAGAUUUGAUAUAGCAGUGCGAACUGUGGCAAACGAUGGCGUCCUUCUCCUUAUGGUCCAGGGGGAUAAUUUCUUCCUUUUAGAGUUAAAGAAUGGCUACCUGCGCCUGAUGUAUGACUUUGGCUUCAGCAAAGGGCCUCAACUUUUAGAGGAUAAAAUACCAAAGCUGCAAAUAAAUGAUGCACGAUACCAUGAGGUGUCAGUAAUCUACCAUCAGUCAAAGAAGGUUAUCUUGCUGGUGGACAAGAGCCAUGUUAAAUCUUUGGAGAAUCCAAAAACUACACUGCCUUUCUCCGAUAUCUACAUAGGUGGGGCUCCCUCAAGCAUUUUAAAAUCCAGGCCGGAGCUGUCUGCUGUCCUGGGUCUGAAAGGCUGUGUGAAAGGGUUCCAGUUCCAGAAAAAAGACUUCAAUCUGCUGGAGGAGCCUGGCACCAUUGGCAUCAGCAGUGGCUGCCCCGAGGAGUCCUUUAUGUCCCGUAAAGCCUAUUUCACUGGUGAGAGCUACCUGGGAUCAACAGCCAAGAUCUCACCCUUCGACAACUUUGAGGGAGGACUGAAUUUCAGAACACUGCAGGCGGCCGGACUCCUGUUCUACAUGAAUGAAGGGUCAGAAGAGUUCAGCAUAUCCCUGGAGAAUGGAGCCGUGGUGCUGACCUGCAGAGGCACGCGGGUUAAAUCACACAAGAAACAAUACAAUGAUGGAAGGACACACUUCUUAGUGGCCUCAGUAAACAGUCAGAAGUAAGUAUGCCGACAUCACAGCUGCCAACAGCUGUCUUAUGUAUCAAAAUUAUGUUGGGUUUUGAUUUUACCCAGCUCUUCAUACAGUGUCCUCUCAACUGUCAGCAGCUUCAAGAACUUCACCGGCUGCAUCAGCUACGCCUACAUCAACAGACAGGACCGGGACAUAGAGCCUGAGGACUUCCAGCGGUACACAGAGAAGGUGCAGACGUCCCUGCAGGACUGCCCCGUCCAGCGGCCCCCUGCUGCUCUGCUGUCCAGGCACAGGGAACAUAGUUCUAGAGCCAGACAGAGCAUGUCACAGAAGGUCAGCAGGGAGUCCAGCCUCCCCCUGGGCCUGAUGGAACUGAGGAGUGGUGAGCAGGAGCCGUCCGAGCUCAGUAUGGAGACCUGCUAUCUCUCUUCAAGCCCAAGGGCAACCCGUCAAGCCUUCCACUACGGUGGCAUCGCCAACAGCAGGCAGCACCUCACAAACCUCCCGGAGUCCCUCUCUGAAAGGUCCCACUUCUCCUUGUCCCUGAAGACCAACUCAUCGUUUGGCCUCAUCUUUUAUGUAUCUGACGUCCAAGAGGACAACUUCAUGGCACUGUUCCUGGCCCACGGGAAGCUCGUAUACACUUUCAAUGCAGAAGAGCAAAGAGUCAAAAUCAGGAGCGAGGAGAAAUACAAUGACGGUGCAUGGCACAAUGUGGUUUUUAUCCGUGAUGGGAUUAUGGGCCGGUUGAUUAUUGAUGGGCUCACAGUGCUGGAGGACAGAGCUCAGGGAAGCAAUGUCUCCUGGCAUGUCAGCAGUCCCCUGUUCGUGGGAGGGGUUCCUCCUGGGAGAGCCCAAAAGAAUAUUCAGAGAAACUCUGCAUACAGCUUCACCGGCUGUUUGAAGAACCUGCAGCUCGAUGGCCAGUGGCUGUCCUCGGUGACAGAGACUUUUGGGGUCACCCCAUGCUUCGAGGGACUUUCUGAGGCGGGAACAUUCUUCUCAGAGGAAGGAGGAUACGUCCUGCUUGGUAAAUUUAUAGUACUUUUAAAAAAUGUAAUACAAAAGACAUCUUAGUUGUCACAUUGCAUA